GUGGCUGAAAUACGCCACAUCCCCGGGCUUCAGUGGACCGGGGUGAUUCAAACUGUUGUGAGACCGACUGUACGUGUACUUGUAGACUUUAGAGACGCCAUUAACAAGUCCUCCUAAAACAUACUUGGACUACCUCAAGGUGUAACCAUGUCGGGAAAAGUGAAGAGCAGAAAUGCCGCUAACGCAGACUCCAUAGCGGGCGGCGUGUCCUGUGAUGAGCGCAUCUUGCGGGAUAUUCAUCAGAUGUACACGGAUUCAGAGAGCGGGUUGAUUCAAGUGGCUGAAUCUGUUGGCGUGACGUUGCUGCCACCCAGGAAAAAAAUCACGGUGAUGCUGAUGGGCAACCACUCAGCUGGGAAAAGUUCCUUCAUCAAUUGGUAUGUGGAGGAGCACAUCCAGCGCACCGGAGUGGCCAUCGAGACGCAGGGCUUCAGUUUUGUUACAAGUGGCCGCAAGAGAGAAUCUCUCACAGGAAAUGCCACACUUCACUUAUAUCCACAUUUCAAGCCUCUGCARCAGUUUAAAGGUGUUACAGAGUAUCUGAGCACCGAGAUCUGCACGUCCCGGCAGAAACGGUUCAGCCUGGUGACGUUCGUGGAUUCUCCAGGUUUGGUAGACGGCGACAUGAAAUAUCCGUUUGACGUGGACGAGGUUAUCCUGUGGCUUGGUGACCUUUGUGACCUCAUUCUGGUCUUCUUUGACCCCAUGGGUCAGGCCCUCUGCAAGCGCACGCUCAACAUCGUGGAAAGCCUGAACGAGAAGCAUGGCGAGCGGCUGCGUUUUUAUCUGAGCAAAGCCGAUGAAGCCGGCGGAGAGUCAGACAGACAGAGAGUCAUGAUGCAGAUUGUGCAGGAGCUCUGCAAGCGGCCAGGACUCAACAAAUGUGGUUUCGAGAUGCCCACCAUCUACAUCCCCAACCCAAACAAGCCCAGCCGCUGUGUGAACCAGAUCGAGGACGUUUGUCGCACGAUCGAGAAAACCAUCAACCAGACGGUUCAGAAUACGCUCAACUCUCUGGAGAGGGAUUGUGAGCUGAUUGGCGAGGCCAUCGCAGACAAACUCAGUACUGACAGACAGACCAGUUUGGAGAACAGACGUGCGCGAUGUAAGAGCUGCUUCCUGACWCUGCUGGGCUUCAGCGUCCCGCUGGCCCUGUUGGCCCUGCUCGUUCUGGGCUCUUUGUCCCRGGAGCUGCUGGAGAUGACGCUGGGCCGCGAGGGCACCGAGGCCCUCUCUCUCUAUCUGACUCCUGUAGUGAAAAUAUUUGAGUCCCUGUCUGGAGAGCAGCAGAUUUACGUCUGCGGCGGUCUGGUCCUUUUUUCCUUCCUCCUGCUCAUCAUCGCACGCUUCACCUUCAGGACUCGUUCGACUCUUUCAGGCAAACAGAAACGGCAGCUUCAGGAGAAGCUGGAGUACGUUCAGGAGGUGGUGAAGAGCAAAAAGAAAAAGCUGUAUGAAGAGUAUUUACGUCAGAGUGUCAGCGAUCAAGACAUGGACUUGUGAGGGAAAAAGAGCUACGCAGAAGCAUUCCCAACAUGACCUGGGACCGUUUUUGCCAAGGUUUCACAACAAAUGACGAGUCACACAAAACCAGCUAAAGAUGGAUUUUUAUUUUCAUUCAGAGAAAUCAUCCAACUUCUUUAAAGCCUGUUAAUGACGGUGAAGCUGUUACWAUAACACAACCUGCAGAUGAGAUGAAUCUUGUUACUGAUUGUUUCUUGUGAGCACUUCAAUGCUURUAUCCUGUGCCUCUGUCUCACUCAAAUUCAGGUAAAAACCACUUUCAGAAAUAACAAAUAGGUUUUCCCAACUGUUUAUACAAACACUGAUUCCAUGAGUCACUUUGUAUGAAGACAUUUACCAGCAAUUUUUUUUACAUUAUUUUUGACUGAUUAUCAUGUCGUCACACUUCUGUAAUGAUCUAGUGUUCCUGAAUCAGUCAGUUUAUAGAAUAUUUAAUUUUAUUCACAGAUUUCGCAUGUUUUGGUUGUUUGUCAGCGAUUUAGAAACUUGCGUCAGUGACCAAUUCAACAGUUUAUUUUUUGUUUUAUGCCUUUAUUAUGACUGUUUUCAUUACAAGGGAAUAAAUACAUUUUUAAAAACUCAA